GGACAGUACAGUGGAAUGGACGUGCAGAAGAAGUGCGCCACAGCUCAGAAGCGAGUGCUGGUUUUGAGUUCCUCUUACCCCGCGGGGGUGCACAGGGGUGGAGGGAGUGUAUGGCAGCUGGUUUUUCAGCGAAUCCAAACACGCUCAUGCACAUGGGCUUGAUUUUCUGCUUCACUGGUAAUAUCCCCUGACAGGGGAGCCAUUGACUGCUACAGUGCUGAUUCACAGACGACAUACACUCGGACUGUUCCCAGCCUGACACUCCAACACAGAGGAUGAAAUUCCCAGUGGAUUUAUUGGCCAGUGUGGACCCUGGAGCCCUGGAGCUGUCAGCAAAAGACUGCAUGUCUAAACUGCUCUAUAGGAGUCCAGAAAUACAGGAGUCCCUCAGACUUCCUGAUUCCAAAGAGAUUGCCAUUGACCUCUGCAAUGUGAGCUUCGUGCCCCUGUAUGGAUAUGACACCGAUCAUAAGAUUCUUGGAUUGUACUCGAGAGAAGACAUUCACACAGCUGUUGGAUUUCAUCUGUUGGGGAAGUGGUGGUCAUUUGAGGAUAUUCUGAAAACUGCUGACCCCUCUCGAGCAGGACUGCUUGAGGUCAGAACACCUAUAGAGCGAAUAGUCCUGCAUGUCCUCAACAAAUUUAUAUACAAAGCGAAGGAGAAAGACAGUGAUGAGGACCCCUUUCUCUGCCAUAAGGAAAAUCAAAUCGCUAAAAUCCUCUGGAAAGAUGGAGAAGCUAUUGGAUUCUACUCAUUCAUACCAGAGGGCACCUUAUGUGAUAGCUUUGUGACACAGUGCUAUCAGCUUCCUGUCAUGGAUACUCUAUUCGUCAGAAAGCUUCAUCGUGGUAAAGGAUAUGGCCUACAAAUGCUGGAAGACUUUGUGCACACUUUCAGCAAUAAAUCUGUUGGUUUAAAAUAUCCACUUCCUGCAGCAAUGUAUAAAGUUUGUAGAAGCUAUCUCAGUGCCUACCCAGACGAAAAACAGCUGCUGUGGGAGGUACAUGAUGUAGGAGCCCCCUACCAAAGAACUCUAAUAUCUAAAAAGCUGCAAACAAUGGAGCUGAAGGUGCAUCAUCAGUUUGUUCGCAAAUUAAACUUUGAGACAGAAAACUCCGGUGUCCUAAUGGAUAAAGUGAUCCACACUCCCCCACAGAAGACAGGAGUGGAGUACACUGUCAUGGAGGAGGAGGAAGUCCAGCUUAAAAUAACAAAAGAGGUGAACGACACACCUGUUACAACACUUGCCAGAAGCGGCAAUCUGAAGCGCAAAAUGCUUGGACAAGAUACAGAAGCAACAAUGGAGAAAACUAUCAGGGUGGAGGCCAUUGAGGCUGCAGUUCAGUCUGCAGUGCAUGAGGCUGAAGCGGUCAGAAGUGGUCAGAAUAUAAAGGAAACAACAACCACAGUGAAUCGCAGUGAGUCAAAUGUGGUAUGUGUCACCUGUGUUCACUGUGGAAAACAUAUAGAACAGACCACUGAAUCUGAAGAGUUUGUGCAGGAAAUGAGUGCUCCACCCAGAACAACUGCAGAGCUAGCUACAGUAACUUCAGAAAAAGGUAUGGAGCAGACAGUGUUACUACAAAUGACUUCAGAUGUUGCAGAAAUGCAGAGUAUGAACAGCAGUGAGGAAACACAGAUAUCCGAAUCUGUUGAAGCCUCUAUUGGUGCAGCAAGUCUUCAGGCAUUAGAAGUUCAGCAACUGGUAGAAGAGGAUAUUGAGAAGUUGACAUCAGAAAAAGCUACGGAGAAAACAGAGUUGCUCCAAAUUACUUCAAAUGUUGCAGAAAUCCAGAGUAUGAACAGCAGUAAGGAAACACAGAUAUCAGAAUCUGUUGAAGGCUCCAUUGGUGCAGCUGAUCUUCAGGCAUUGGACGUUCAGCAACUGGUAGAAGUGGAGAUUGGUAAAUUGACAUCAGAGAAAGCUAUAGAGAAAACAGAUUUGCUCCAAAUGACUUCAAAUAUUGCAGAAAUUCAGAGUAUAAAAAGCAGUGAAGGCACCAUUGGUGCAGCUGAUUUUCAAGCUUACGAAAUUCAACCACUAAUAGAAGUGGAGAUUGAUAAGGAACUGGCAUCGGAAACUGAAAUGAUAAAAGAAAGAACAGAGAAGGCUGGAGGGGUGAAAGAUGGCAAAGAUGAGGCUGAUGACAAGAUGUCUGAAAAAGUAAUAAGUGAAGUAUCAUCCCUAGAGAAGUCUUGCCAACAAACUGGGCUUCAUUUUCAACCGGUCACAAUGGGCUCAGAGAACAGUUCUACCACAGAAAUGAGAGUUUUGAGAAAAAGCACUGCAGCUUCUCAGCAAAAAUCCACAUAUCUCCACACAGAACUUCAGGUGACCAGCGAAUCAUGCCCAACAAAAGCUACUAAACCUGUGAUCAAACACAAAUCAGUGCAAAGGAGCUUUAAAGCAGUUCAGCAAGAAGAAAGUGGACAAAUACUGGACAUGACUGCAAAUGAAGCAGACCAGCAAAUGAGGAGUGAAGUGCAGAUGGUAGAAGAGGUUGUGGAGAAAGUCAAAGGUGCCAACAAAAUAUUACAAGAAAAAGAUGUCCAGAGUCAAGAUGAUGCAGCUAUACAAGAUGAAAAUAUUGAGAUAUAUGGUGAGAAAAUGAUAAUUGAGGUAGUGGAAAUAAGUAAAGAAGGUGCAGAAAUACAAAAAGAAAUAGAUUCUGAAAUGAAUCUACAGGAAAAGGGAGAGGAAUCUUCAGUUGUUUCAACUGUAUCACCAGCUACCGACGUAGAGCAGCAUGAUACCACUCAAGAACUAUCACAGCCAGACCACCAAGCCAUUGCUGAAGAAACAGAGGAAAGCAGGAAUGAAAACAUGGAGAUUGACCAAGCUGGUGUAGCCAUGAAUGAAUCUGAGGUGAAUGUAGAGUUGUCUGUGAUGGAAAAGGAGAACACAGAGCAAAUACCAGAGCAGGAACUUACAGAAGACACCAGAAUCAUUCAGAAAAGCAUGAAAUGCAAGGAAACUGUGAAAAUAACAGAGAAGAAUGAAGAGUUUCAAUCAGAUUGUACUAUACCAAUUGAAGAGGAACCUGAUGCACCUCUGAAAGAGACCCAAACUCAUCAAGAAAUCCAUGGCCACCUGGAAAUAGAUGCCAUUAAAGAUGCCAGUGAACCAAGUCAUGUAAACGUAGGCGAGAAAUCAUAUAACUUAACAGAACCUACUGAAAAGGAAGUGUUAAACAAGCCAGGAACCUCUGGAAAGCAUGGUGGCAGCCAAAGAUCAGACUAUUCAACACCAGUAAGGCAUUCUGGGAGAUUUAAAGAUCAGUCUGUAGAAGGUGAACUAACUAAAAUAGUUCUCAGAAGUGGUACAAAAUUAACCACACCCAUUUCCAUACAGAAGCAAGUACAACACACCAAAAUUGUUAAGCAACAAGAGUCCAAAAUGACUGAAAAGGACUUGGGAGCAGAAGAUGGUUCUAAAAAGGAAACAAGUGGGGAUGUCAUGAAAAUAACCAUUGUCGAUACUCAGGAUGGUGAUGAAUCAAAGGAUAAAGAUCAAGGAAGAGUUGCAGACUCUGCUGAUACAAACCAAGGCAUAAUGGAGGUGGCACAAGAAGAGGAACCUUUGAAAGAGACCCAAACUCUUCAAGAAAUCCAAGGUCAAUUGACUGGUAGAGUUCUAAGAAGCGGUACAAAAUCAGUCACAACCAUUUCCAAACAGAAGCAAGUGCAACACACCAAAACGGUGAAAAAAAGUAUACAAACAGAAGAUAAGUCUCAAAAGGAGAGUGCAGAAAUGGAGACUGUAGACACUACUAAUGUAGAGUCCAUUACCAACCUACAGUACAUUGUUGAAGAGGAGAACAAGUUGGAGGAGGAACAUUUCGAAACCGAAUCAACUGCUGAAAAGGACGUAAAGGAAGUUGAAGGUGGUUCUGAGGAUAAAACAAUUGGAGAUGUUACGAAAAUAGUAGCUGUGGAUCUUGAUGUUUCUGAAGUUAUGAAUGAUGGAGAAAUACAGGUUGAAGGAAAAACAACAUUACAGUCAGAUGUAGAGCUUAUUGAAGAGCAAGAGAAGGAACCAGCAACUGAACUGGCAGAGAAUGAGGAUAGUCAGAGUGUAGUAGUGGUUUCCUCAAAAGAAACAGGUGAAAUUAAGAUUGCUAUGGAACAAACAGCACAGUCUCAGGAGGAUCAAGAUCAAGACCUGGCUAAAUUAGCAUGUACAGAAACAAAUGUUGAGGAGAGCGAAGAAGAUGAAGUAGAAAAAUCGAAGCAGACAGAAGCUCUGAUUGAACUAUCUGAAACAGAGCAAACGGAUGGGAAAGAUGUGGCUUCUACUGAAACAGUUUACACUGUGGAGGAACAUGAGCUACAAAAGGACAGUAAUGCAGAAGAAAUGGAUGUACUUGCUGCAGAGUCUCAUGUUGAACCAGCAGAAAAAGAACAAAAAGAUGGAAAUGAUGAUAUAUCUGCUGAAAUUAUGCAUACUGAGGAGGAAGAUCACCUACACAAGGCCGUCAUUUCAGAAGAAAUUGAUGUACUUGCUGCAGAACCUCUGGUUGAACCCGAAGAAGAGAUACAAGAAGAUGAAAGUCAUAAGACAUCUGCUGAAACUAUUCAGCCUGAAGAGGAAGACCAUCUAAACAAGGCCAUUGUUGCUGAAGAAGUGGAUGCAUUUGCUGAGAUGGGUGCAAAGGAGCCCAUGGUGCAAAUGUUAGAAAUGCAAGUUGAAGAAGUGAGUGAAGAUAAACCUCCAAGGACUGACAGUGGUCAAGAAGAGAGUGUGCCAGUUGGAGAAGAAGUAAAAGAUGAUACAGUAGAACCUGUUACAUUAGAAGAAGAGUCUGUUGCAGCAAAACGUCACACAAGUGAAAGAGCAAAAAAUCAGACAGCAGUUCAGGAGAGUCUGACAUCUAACAAUGAAGUGAAUAUCCAGAAAACCUCACCUGAAGAAGGCACACCAAUUAUCACAAGCAGGAGUCUCAGGCAGAGAAUAGUAACUGUCCAGGGUUCACCACAAAGAAAGUCCAAACGCUUUCAAAAAUCUAAGAUGGAAAUAGCAGAAAAUGAACAUGUGGUUGUGGUUGAGGUUACAGACAAAACUGAUGAGAGCAGAACUGAAGAAACAGAAGAAAACAAAAGUGAAAUAAUGGAGACUAAGGAUGAUACUAUAUCAAAGGACCAAGACCAAGGAGGAGUCCAAGGGUCAGCUGAUGCAGACCAAGACCUAAUGGAGGUAACACAAGAAGAGGAAACUCUAAAGCAGACACAAAUUCUUCAAGAAGUGCAAGGUCAAGAGUCUAGUCAUGUUCAUGUAGGGGAGAAAUCAGCUAUCUGGACUGAGCCAACUGAAGAACAAGUUUCAGACAAGCCAGGCACCUCUGUAAAGCAUGGUCGCAGCAGAAAAUCUAACUAUUCAACCCCAGUAAGACGUUCUGGAAGAUUUAAAGAUCAGUCUGUAAAAGGUGAACUGAGUAAAAUAGUUCUCAGAAGUGGCACAAAAUUAACCACAGCCAUUUCCAAACACACACAUGUGCGACACACCAAAACUGUGAAGCAACAAGAGAAAAAAAGUGUACAAUCUGACGAUGAACCUGGAGCUGAUCUACAGGACAGUGUUGUAGAGCACAGCAAAUUGGGUAACGAAUGUUUAGAACUAGAAACAACCAAUGAUAGUUACCUUAAGGAAGUGGAGAUCAGAAUAGAGGAUGGUUCACAGGAUGAAACUACUGGUGACAGCGUAAAGAUAACAGUUGUUGAUGUGGCUGAAGUUGGGAAAGAUAUUGAACCAGAGGUUGAAGGGAAACCACAGCGUGAAGAGGAGGAAGAGCUAAACAAGACCAGCAUUUCAGAGAAAGAAGAUGCAUUAACAGAGAUAGGUGUAGGAGAACCCAUUACAGAAGGUCUAAUAGAGCAAGCUACAGAACCUAGUGCAGAUAGAUUGACAAAAGACAUUGAGGAAACUAUCCAGGAGAAUGUACCAGAAGAAAAGACACCAGUUAUCACAAGCAGAAGUCUCAGGCAGAGAACAGUGAUGGUCACAUCUACACCACAAAGAAAAUCUAAUAAGAAAGUUGCAGAAAUUGGUCAAAACAUAGAUGAGGAGAUGGUGACUGAGAUCAGUUCUAAGUCAAAUGAUGAAGACAAAACCACAGAAGGACAGGUGGAGGUAGACAAAGCAGGAAAAAUGUCCUACACUCUUCAAGAAAUCCCAGAAAUUGAAGCAACAAAGGACAAAGAAGAUGCCUCACAGAAUGAAACAAUAAGAGAAGUGGUAAAAAUAACAGUUGUGGAUAUGGCUGAAGAAGGUGAAGGGGAAAUAAAGGAGCAAGCUAUAGAACUUUGUGCAGAUUCAGAUACAUUGGUAAUAGACAGUAGUGAACAAGGAGUGAGUAUGCAAACAAAAGGAGAAGAUAAUAGAAUAGGAGAUACCUCAUUGAAUAAGGAAUCCACUGCAGAAAUGGUUAUUGAGACAUCAAAGGUGUAUACCAGAGAAGAUCAAGAGGUUCUAGAAUCUGACCAUGGGGAAACUGUUCAGGAAAGUGUACUUGAAGAAGAGACAUCAGUUAUCCCAAGCAGAAGUCUCAGGCGGAGAACAGUAAUGGUCACAUCUACACCACAAAGAUCUAAAUCUAAACAUCUCCAAAAGAAAGAAGGGGUACUGGUUACAGAACAAAUUGAGGACAGCAUUGCAGAAACAGAUCAAAGCAAAGAUGAAAAGAUGAAGGCUGAGGUCAGUUCUAGAUCAAACAAUGGAGACAGAGCUCCACGAGGACAGGUGGAGGUGGUGGACAAAGAGGAAAUUGUAAAAGUGUACACUUAUCAAGAAAUCUCAACAACUGAAUCAAGUCAAGCUGAUGAAACACAAGAAGAGUUGCCUGCAGAGCUUGUAGAAGAGCAUCAUUUGGAACCAGUGAUAGAAAUAGCACUUGGACAAGGUGAACAGAAAGAUACAGAGAUAGCAGAGGAAGCAGUAGAAGCAGCAGCACCUUCAAAACUGCAGGAAGCCUCAGUUGUGCUUGUGGAUUUCUAUAAAGCUUCUUCCAAACAAUCAGCUGAGAUAAUUGAAACAUCUAAAGAAACCGAUACAGUGCCUCAUGAAGAGAUCACUCAGGAUCUGGAUGAACCAGCAAGUACCAGCAUGUAUGUAGAAGAGAGAAAAUCUGAAGAAGACAUGCUAAAAAAAACAGAUGUUUGUUUUGUACAAGCUUAUGAAGAAGUAGUGGUAAUUGCAGAAAAUAAAAAUGUGGCAAUGCAUGAUGAUGUCAGUAAACCUUCUAAAGGGGAAACCUCUGAAGGAAAAGUUGAUAGCAAUAAUGAAAAUAUGGAAACAGAAGAAGUUCAAGGAAAGGACCUUGAAUCAGUCAUUAGCAUUGUUCAGGAAAUCCAAAGUGACACUCAAGAACUAAAACAAUUUGGAGAACAAGAGAAAUUAGCUUCUCAACCUGAACUGGCUGAAGUAGAACACUCAAUCAAGAGAGACAAAGCACAGUCAACAAGAAUAACUGAAAUUUCAGCUGUUGGAACCCCUGUAAGACUUUCUGAACCACUUACUGAGCAGCCUACUACAAGUGAAUUGACCAUAAGAAUUCUCAGAAGCGCUACAAAACAAGUCCAAAGCACUCCUAAUAAACGAUCCACACGGCAAACCAAAGCCAUGAAGCUGAAGGACAUAAGCCAAGCUGUGGAUAUGGCUGAAGAAGAAGCCAAGAAGAGCCCUCCAGAGGUACCAACUGAAAUUGCAAUGGAAGACAAAAUAGAGGCAAUAAGUGUUACUACUGAGGAAACAACAGUGCUUCAGGACAUCGAGCUCAGGGUAGCCGAUUCUCAUUCUGGAGAUGAAGAGAUGGAGGAAUCAAGUAUUAGGUCUGAACUGUUUCCAGAACAUGAAAAAGAUACUGAGGUUCUGCAAGAAUCCAAAGAGGCAACCAGAGAGAAGGACUCUGAAAAAGACAUUAGCACUGAUCAGGUAAUCCAAGGUGAAACCCAAGAGCAAAGGCAACUUGACAAAGAGAAGAAAUCAGAUACCCAAAUUGAACUGGUUGAAGCAGAACACUCAAAAAAGAGAGGCAAGGCAUACUCAACUAGAAAAAUAACUGAACAAUCUGCAUUUGUAACCCCUGUAAGACAUUCUAAACAACUUACCGAUCAGCCUACUACAAGUGAACUGAGUCAAAGAGUUCUCAGAAGCUGUACAAAAGAAUUCCAGAGCUCUCCCAAUCAACGAUCCACACAGCAAACCAAAGCCACAGUGCGAAAAGGUAAAACAAUCAAAGCUGUAGAUGAGGCUGAAAAAGAAGAGAAGGACAAACCUACAGAGGUACCAACUAAGCUUGCAAAUGAAGACAAAAUAGAGACAGUAGGUAUUACCACAAUUGAGCUAAGUGAAGAGGAUUCUCAUCAUGGGGAUGAAGAGAUGGAGGUAUCAGAUAUCAGGACUGAACUGUUUCCAGAACAUAACAAGGAAGACGAGGUUACAACAGAAGAUGUGGUUCUCAAAGAAGCCACAGAGGCAACCACAGAAGACAAAAGAGAGAAAAUAUCAGAUCUUUAUGAUAAUGACAUUGAGAUAAAUGCUGAAGGUGAAAAUAGGACACCAGUAGAGACAAUGGCAGAAACUGGGCCAGAGGAGGCACCAGUGCCUGCAGCUGAAAACGGUGUGGGUGAAAAGACAGACUCUCUGCUUGAACCAGUUGAAAAAUCUGUUGGUGGUAAUGAGACAUAUACUGAAACAACACAACCACCACGAGAGGAAGAGGAUGAGCUAAACAAAGCCAGUGUUGCAGAAAAAGAGGAUGCUUUUGCAGAUACAGGGGUAGCGGAACCCAUCAAAGACGCAUUAUUGGAGCAAGCUAUUGAAACUGGUGGAGAUGCACAUACACUAAUAAUAGACAGUGGUGAGCAAAAACAGAGCACGCAGACAGAAGACACAGACAAUACAUCAGGAGAGACCUCAUUGUACGAAGAAUCCAUUUCAGUAGUGGCAAAAGAGACUGUAAUGGUAUAUACAAGUGAGAUUCCAGAGGUUCUUGAACCUGACCAUGGGGAAACUGUUCAGGAAAUUGUACCUGAAGAAAUGACAUCAGUUGUCACAAGCAGAAGUCUCCGGCGUAGAACAGUAAUGGUCACUUCUACACCACAAAGGUCUAAAUCUAAAAAUCUCCAAAAGACCAAAGUGGCUCUGGUUACAGAAAAAAGUAAGGGCAGAACUGCAGAAACAAAUCAAAGCAAAGAUGAAAAGAUGGAGGCUGAGUUUAGUUUUAAAUCAAACGAUGGAGACAGAGCUCCAGGAGACCAGAUGGAGGUGGUAGAUGAAGAGGCAGUUGUUGUGUCCUAUACUCCCCAAGUAAUCCCAACAAGUGAAUCAAGUCAAGCUGAUGAAAGUGCAGUUACUGAAACUUAUCUUACUGAAGGUGUGAAAGAUGCUGGACACACAGCACAAGAAGAGUUACCUACAGAGCUUAUAGAAGAGCAUCAUUUGGAACCAGUGAUAGAAAUUUCACCUGGACAAGGUGGGCAGAAAGAUAUUAAGAUAGCAGAGGAAUCAGUAGAAACAGCAGCACCUUUGAAACUGCAGGAAGCUUCAGUUGUGCUUGUGGAUUUCUAUAAAGCUUCUUCCAAACAAUCAGCUGAGAUAAGUAAAACAUCUAAAGAAACAGAUUCACUGCCUCCAGAAGAGGUCAUUCAGGGACCGAAUGAACCAGUAAGUAGCAGCAGUUACAUAGAAGAGAAAACAUCUGAAGAAGACAUGCUGAUACAAACAGAUGUUUGUGUUCUACAAGCUGAAAACAAACAAGCUGAUGAAGAAGAGGUAGGGAAAAUUGCAGAAAAUGAAAAUGUGGAAAUAGAUGCUGCCACCAAUAAAUUUUCUAAAGGGGAAACCUCUGCAGGAGAAGUUGACAGCAAUAAUGAAAAGAUGGAGACUGAAGAAGUUAAAGGAAAGGACCUUGAAUCAGUCAUUAGCAUGGUUCAGGAAAUCCAAGGUGACAUCCAAGAACCAAGACAAGUCGGUGAACAAAAGAAAUUAGACACUCAAACUGAACUGGCUGAAGUAGAACACUCAAAUAAGAGAGGCAAGGCACUCUCAACAAGAAUAACAACUGAAAGGUCAGCAGUUGUAACCCCUGAAAGACGUUCUGAACAACAUACUGAGCAUACUACUACAAGUGAAAUGACCAUAAGAGUUCUCAGAAGCUCUACGAAACAAGUCCAGAGCACUCCUACUGAAGGAUCCACACAACAAUCCAAAGCCACAGUGCGGAAGGUUAGAAGCAACCAAGCUGUGGGUACAGCUGAAAAAGAAGACAAAGGAAUACCUACAAAGUUACCAACUGAACUUGCUAUGGGAGACAAAAUAGAGGCAAUAAGCAUUACCACUGAGGGGGCAACAGUGCUUCAAGACAUUGAGCUCAGUGUAGAAGAUUCUCAUUCUGGAGAUAAGAUAGAGGUUGAUAUUAGGACUGAACUAUUUCCAGAGCAAGACGAAGUUACAGAGGUUCUUGAAGAAGCCAGAGAGGCAACCAUAGGGAAGGACUCUGAAAAAGACAUCAGUACUGUUCAGGAAAAGGAAAAUAAUGACACACAAGAGCCAAGACCAGUUUGCGAAGAAGAGAAAUCAGUUACUCAGAUUGAACUGGUUGACAUAGAACAUUCAAGAAAGAAAGGCAAGGCACAUUCAACAAAAAAAGCAACUGAGAGAUCAAUAGUGAGAACCCCUGUAGGACGAUCUGAACAUCUCAUGGAUCAGCAUACUACAAGUGAAUUGACUGAAAGAGUUCUCAGAAGCUCUACAAAACUAGUCCAGAGCACUCCUAAUGAACGAUCCACAUGGAAAACCAAAGAACAGGUGCGGAAAGGUAAAAGUGCCCAAGCAGUGGAAAUGGCUGAAGAAGAAGACAAGGAGACAGAGGUACCAAAUGAACCUUCAAUGGAAGACACAAUAGAGGCAGUUAGUGUUCCCAUUGAAGGUACAGCAGUGCUUCAGGAUAUCGAGCUCACAGAAAAGGGUUCUUCUGAAGAUGAAGAGAUGGAGGAAUUGAGUAUUUGGACUGAACUGUUUCCAGAACAAGACAAAGAUACUGAGAUUCUUGAAGAAGCCAAAGAUGCAACCACAGGGAAGGAUAUCAGCACUGAUCAGGUAAUCAAAGGUGAUACCCAAGAGCCAGGGCAAGUUGGCGAAGAGGAGAAAUCAUCUUCUCAGAUUGAACUGGUUGAAGCUGAACUCUCAAGAAAAAGAGGCAAAGCAUACUCAACCAGAAAAACAACUCAUCGGUCUGCACUAGAAACCCCUGUAAGACAUUCUGAACAACUUACUGAUCAGCCUACUACAAGUGAAUUGAGUCAAAGAAUUCUCAGAAGAUCUACAAAGCAAGUCCAGAGCACUCCCAAUCAACGAUCCACGCAUGAAACCAAAACCAUGAUGCGAAAAGGUAAAAUAGUCCAAGCUGUAGAUAAGGCUGAGGAUAAAGACAAGGAUAAAUCUACAGAGGUAUCAGCUGAGCUUGCAGAGGAAGACAAAAUAGAGACAGUAGGUAUUACCACAAUUGGGCACAGGGAAGAAGAUUUUCAUCCUGGGGAUGAAGAGAUGGAGAUAUCUGGUAUCAGGACUGAAUUGUUUCUAGAAAAAGAUAAGGAAGAUGAGGUUAUAAUAGAAGAUGGGGUCCUCAUAGAAGCCACAGAGCCAAAGGAGGCAUCAGUGCCUGCAUCUGAGUCUAUUUGAGUUUUCA